AUGGCUUGGGCACCAUCGAAAGAGCUCAUGACCCCUGAUGAAGAGAGUGUUCAUGGCCUCACCAGCACCGAAGUGCACAUCCUAGGAGAGAAGGCCAUCGCGGCCAAAGCUCUCGCAUACUGCCCAUACUCUCUGUUCCGCGUCGGCGCAUCCCUCCUCGCGACCGAUGGCACAAUCAUCAUGGGCGCAAACGUCGAGAACGGCUCGUACCCGGUAGGCAUCUGCGCCGAGCGGACGGCGAUGAGCACGGCGGUGAUACAAGGUUAUAAGCUGGGGAGCUUCAAGGCUGUGGCUGUGGCUACAGAUGUGACGCCUGCUAGCAGCCCAUGCGGCAUGUGUAGACAGUUCCUGAGGGAGUUUUGCGAGCCUCCCACGCCAAUACUGAUGUUUGAUCGUGACGGUAAAUAUGAGGUCAUGACGAUGGGAGAGCUACUUCCGAAUGCAUUUGGUCCUGAUUCCUUACCGUCCAGGGACAAGAUGGAGGAGUUGAACAAGGAGAAGAAGGCUUGA